AUGAAUUCUCAUACUGGCACACUGAUCGAUGAUCAUCCGUGUGAGAGUCCACAAAAUCGAAGUUGCAAUGGUUUAUGCUAUAUUUUUCAAAUUAGUGGAAUUAGUAAAAUGGAUGGAACAGGGCAACUUUUUGCAAUGGCACAAGGCUGUUCAGUUGGACUUUUCGAUGGUGGGAUGGGAUGUUUUGAUCGGCCUAUCACAUUGCGCGGUCGAGGUGGUCACUUUCAGUUAGAUGGUCAUUACUGCUUAUGUAACGGCGAUCUGUGCAAUGGAAAUUCGGAAAUUUGGAUUGAACAUGGACCGAAGAAAUUUUACGCACAAAGGCAAAAAGACGGUAACUAA